AUGGACAAGUUAAGUGGAACAGAGGAAUGGCAACCGAUAUCUUCUCAUGAACAGCUGUUUGAGAACUCUGCUCCUUCUAAGCUACUGGACUUUGAGAGGACGGAAAGAGGAAGAAAAUGUGGAUUCCGCUUCAUGGAUCUGGAGGACGAUUUACAACUUGGGUCCUUUUCAAGAAUUAUUGGAGGAAGAAUGUCUGUACCAGGAGGGCAACCAUGGCAGGUCUCCAUCAAGCGAGGCCGGUCUCAUUUCUGCGGUGGCAGUUUGAUUGGUGAUGAUGUGGUGGUCACUGCAGCUCACUGCGUCAUAGAUUUCGAUCUAAAUGUUGUGAAGAAUCUGAUUGUGACUGUUGGUGAGUUUGAUCUUGGCAGUGUGGAUGAAGAAGAACAGAGUGUCCCAGUCUCUGAAAUUGUUGUCCAUCCUGACUUCAACAGAUUUGGGUAUAUGGAUUCAGAUAUAGCACUGCUGUAUUUGAAACACCAGGUACAAUAUGGCUAUGAAGUACAGCCUAUCUGUCUUCCCCACAAGGAAGAUUUAUUUGAAGCUGGAACACUUUGUGUUGUGAGUGGAUGGGGCAAAACUUCUGAGGCUGGGUCCCUGUCAAACGUCCUACAGGAAGUGGCACUCCCCCUCAUUGACAGCCUAACCUGCAGCGAACUGUUGAAAGCUUUAAAUUUGCCUCCAGUACAGAGGUCCAUGCUGUGUGCUGGUUUUCCAGAUGGUGGGAGAGAUGCGUGCAAGGGUGAUUCUGGAGGCCCUCUGGCAUGUAGAAAAGCCAGUGGCAUCUGGACAUUGGCAGGCAUCACCUCAUGGGGAAUUGGCUGUGGAAAAGGUUGGCUUAUAGACAAGAGGAUCAAUGGCAGUAGAGGUUCUCCAGGCAUUUUCUCUAAAGUGGAUGAGCUCCUGGAUUUCAUUACUCAACAUAUGAUCAGUAAACCUGGGCCAAGCUUUCUGUCUGCAUCCAGCCUAGAAGAGUGCAAUCCCCAUGGAAAGCUGGUGUUUGGUGAAAGUGGCCUUGUUCGGUACCCUCACCUGAGUGAAGGCAACUACCUUGAUAACAGCUGGUGCAUUUGGAACCUAACUGUGUCUGAAGACAAAUUCAUUCUGGUGGAAUUUAUCAAACUAGACGUAGAAGAUCAGAUUGAAUGUGACCAUGACUACGUUGCUUUCUAUUCAAGCAAGAAGGAAUUAAUUGGUAAAAUCUGUGGUGAUGUCUUGCCUUCCCCCUUGCUGAUAGAGUCUGACCAAGCCAUUGUUAUCUUUGUGUCUGACGGCAGCAUUCAUGGCAGAGGCUUUGAAUUCACCUUCAGUGCUGUGCAUCCAGCAUCUGAAGCAGGCUCUGGCUGUGGCAGUGUUGCAAUGCUGGUGGAAGAAGGAAAGAUUGACACGGCUAAUUACCCUGGUUUAUAUCCCAGCAGCACAAAAUGCCACUGGCUCAUUGAAGCCCCAGUGGACUGUGUCAUCAAGUUGGAGUUUGAAGACUUUGCAGUUGAAAACAGCCAGGAUUGCAUUUAUGAUGCUGUUGUUGUUUAUGGCGACACUGAAGAAGAGCACCAGCUAGCUCUCCUGUGUGGUUUCUCAAUUCCUUCACCUGUGUGGAGCCCAGGGAACAUCAUGCUGAUCCACUUUGAGAGUGAUGAAGAAAAUAACUUCAGAGGAUUCAAGGCCAAGUUUGUUUUUUUCUCCUCAGCAACAACUAAAACGGAAUAUGCAGGGCUGUUUUCUGUAUCUGCAUUUGAGCCCAAAGAUAUCCCACUGGAUAUGUGUGGUUUUCCCCCCUUUGGUCCCCAGAGGCUGUCAACACUUAUCGUUGGAGGAGAAGAAGCUUGUCCUCACUGCUGGCCCUGGCAUGUGAGUUUGCACUUUCUAGGUGAUUACAGGUGUGGAGGUGCCAUCAUCAACUUGACUUGGGUGCUCACAGCUGCUCACUGUGUAAAGAUAACAAAUAAUCCAUCAUAUUGGACUGUUGUUGCUGGAAACCAUGACAGAAUGCUGAAAGAAGCUGCUGAGCAGGCGAGAAGAGUCAAGAGCAUUACAGUGCAACCAGCCUUUGAUGUUGCAAGUUAUGAUUCUGAUAUUGCCCUUGUCCAGCUGCAAACACCUCUGAUCUAUAGCGCAGCGGUGAGGCCAGUAUGUUUGCCAAGUUCCAAGGAGCUGUUGCCGUCCUUUGUGCUUUGUACUGUGACUGGCUGGGCAAGUUUCCAAGAAGCUGGAGGCCUUGCUACUCGUCUACAGCAAAUGCAUGUCCCACUGGUGGCCAAUGACCUCUGUGAGCAAAACUACUACUUUAAUCACCCUGGAGGGAUUACACCUCGGAUGCUCUGUGCUGGGUUUGCAUCUUUGGAAGGCCACGAUUCCUGCCAGGGGGAUUCAGGUCUGCUGGUUUGCCAAAAUGAAAACAAGCCAUUUAUACUCCAUGGAAUUGCUAGCUGGGGCGUGGGUUGUGCCCAGCCCAAGAGACCAGGUGUUUAUGCAAGAGUGAGCACCUUUUUUGACUGGAUUGUAUCUGUCAUGAAAGAAUCUAAGAUAGGAAGUAUCAUUAAAGAAUCCAGUGACUUGAGCCAGCAAUUGUCCUCUUGUAGAGAUGUGAUCCUUAUAGCCCAGGAAGGAAUAAUCCAGACUCCGUGUUUUCCUAAUGGCUGUUCCAAUGCCACCAGUUGCUAUUGGAGGAUUGUUGCCCCAUUAAAUGCCAUCAUUCGAUUGGAUUUCAUGGACUUUGUGCUUGAGAAUUCCCUCCCCAGCUGUCAUGGUGGACUUAUACUUUAUGAAGGAUUUGGACCUACAAGAGAGAUGCUUGGUAACUUCUGUAGCGAAACUCCACAUUAUCCAAUAAAGUCACGCACCUCCACGAUGAUGCUGAACUUCACUUCUGGCACCGAUACAAAUAUGAAAGGUUUCGCUCUGGCCUACAAAAUCCAAGAAAUAGAGUUGGGUCCUGUACAAGAUAGAGAUAUUCGAAAAGGAUGUCCAGUCUUGGAUUUGAUCCCAGUCGGGGUCGCAGAGAUAGUUUCUCCAAAUUAUCCAGUCAUCUAUCCUAAUUUGCUAAACUGCACUUGGACAAUCUAUUCUGCUUCAGGAAGCAAACUAAAAACUGUGAUACGAGAUGUUGUUAUUGAGGAUGCUAAAGAUUGCAUUUGGGACUCCCUGAGCUUUUAUGAUGGACCAGAUCAACAUUCACAAUUGCUUG